AUUUUGGCCAAGUAGAAAGAAAACCAAGAGCUGAAGCGAAGCCGGACGAGCUCAAACUAGGGAAUCGGGGAGCUGGGAAACCUCAUCUCUAGAUGCACAAGACCCUGGUUUAAUUCCAGGACUGGAACACAAACAGACUGAUGGGGUGCAUUUGCAUCCGAUCCAGACGGAGGCUACUGUCCUUCCACGUAUUUCUCUGGGUAUGCUCGAUCUUUACUUUCUUUGGCCUCUUUCUUCUCACUAUGAGAUCCGUCGACCCUUCUAUCGGAAACCCGUUUCCCAUCAAAUCUCUUGAGGGAAAUGUGAGUUUUGGAAGCGAUAUAAAGGGGUGCGCCACGGUCGAAGAAAUGGGGGAAAUUUUUGUUGGAGGGUUUCGGGAGGAGAACCUCAGAGUCAGAAGGAUGAUUCAAGAUCACUUUGCUUUGCAUGGUGCUUCUAGAGUCCGCGACCUUCCUCCAGUGCAUUUCUGUAGUCAUGGUUUUGUGCUGGGGAAGGCAUCAGAAGCAGGAUUUGGCAAUGAAAUGUACAAGAUCUUGACUGCUGCAGCAUUGAGUAUCAUGUUGAACCGGUCCCUGAUCAUCGGGCAAACCAGGGGCAAAUUUCCUUUUGGGGAUUACAUAUCCUACACUGAUCUUGCCUUUACCCUGAGAGAAGUCAAGCAUCUGUGGAGACAGAAUGGUUGUGAAGAGAAGUAUGGAAGACCUCUGGUUGUGAGAAUUGAUAAUUUUGAGAAGCCAGCACAAACCAAUGUCCUUUGUAGCAAUUGGAGGGAGUGGGAGCAAUCUAUCAUAUGGUUCCAAGGUACAACAGAUGCUGUGGCAGCUCAAUUUUUUCUGAAGAAUGUACACCCUGAAAUGAGGAAAGCUGCUUCUGAUUUAUUUGGAUCUCCAGAAUUUCUUCUGUCUAGGGCUAACGUAUAUGGAGAGCUGAUGAGAGUUCUAAUAUCUCCUUCAGAUGAUGUUAAAGCAGCAGUGAAUUGGGUCCUUGGUGGUGGAGGGGAUCCUGAUAUCUCAUUGCACAUGAGAAUGCUUAUGAAUAGGUCUGUGAGAGCAGUGCAGGCAGCGUUGAAUUGCAUCAGAAAAGCAAUGCGCAAUCUGCAUGAGGUGUCUAGACCCAGGGUGGUAUUGAUUUCAGAUACCCCAUCUCUUGUAAAAGAGAUCACACCAAUCGUAGAUGAGUUUGCAGAGUCUUCCCAGGUUAUUCAUUUUGAUUAUCAACUUUACAAGGGAAACAUAUCUGCUGAGGUAAAUGGAGUGCAUAAGUUGGACUUCAGAGUGAAGGAUUGGGGGCCAGCUCCUAGAUGGGUUGCAUUUGUGGACUUCUUUCUUGCAUCACGUGCAAAGCAUGCUGUUGUUUCUGGGGCUCACAGGCGUGUGGGAACUACCUAUGCUCAGUUAGUCGCUGCAUUAGCUGCAGCAAACAAACUCGAGGAGAGUACUUCUAGUUCCUGGAACUUUUCCUUCUUCAGCAGCUUCCAGAGUAAUUUGUUGGUGGAAGGUUUGGUGACUCAAGUGGGCUGGGGACAUGUUUGGAACAGAUUUGCUGGCCCAUUGAGUUGUCAUAGCCAGUCCAAUCAAUGUGCUCACACACCACUUCUUCCUCCUGCUUGGUGGGAUGGACUUUUGCAAUCUCCCAUUCCACGGGAUAUCCGCAGGUUGGAAGCCUUUGGAAUCAAUUUAUCUGGUUUGGGUACAUUCGAUGAAAAUCAGCUUCUAACUUUCUGUAAUUCGAGGAAAAAUAUUGUACUAACUCUUCCAAUUUCACAAAUGUAGUAGUUUAAGCUGCACUUCUCUCCGCAUUGCCUCCAUUUCUCAUGGUAUCCGAAUUAAAUUGCUUCAUUCUUCUGAUAAUGGCAUGUGCAAAGUGGAU